UGAUUUUUGUCAUGAGCACAUGUUUGAAACAAAAUUUUGAUUUUUUAAAAUUUUAAUUUAAUUUUUUCAAAUUAUCAUCAUCAUCAUUAUCGACCAUCAUUAUCAUCAUCAAAUAUGCGUCCACUUAACGACGAAGAAACUAGAUUAGUUUUGGAAAAAUUAUCCAAAUACAUUGGUGAAAAUGUUAAAUGUUUAUUAGAACGUCCAGAUGGAAUUUAUUCAUUUCGUUUACAAAAUGAACGUGUUUUUUAUGCAAGUGAACGUAUGAUUAAAUUGGCUGCAACAAUAGCACGUGAUAAUCUAAUAUCAUUUGGUACUUGUAUUGGAAAAUUUACAAAAACAAGAAAAUUUCGUUUGAAUAUAACUGCAUUAGAAUUUAUGGCACCAUAUGCAAAGUAUAAAGUAUGGUUAAAACCAAAUGCCGAACAACAAUUUUUAUAUGGAAAUCAUAUAUUAAAAUCUGGUCUUUCACGUAUCAGUGAUAAUACUGAACAAUAUCAAGGUGUUUUAAUUUAUUCAAUGAAUGAUUUACCAUUAGGUUUUGGUGUUGCAUCAAAAUCAUCCAAUGAUAUUCGUGUUGCUGAUCCUAUGGCUAUUGUUGUAUUUCAUCAGGCUGAUACAGGCGAAUAUCUUCGUAAUGAAGAUUUUCUUGCUUAAAUAAAAUUUUUUUUUCUAAAUUUCUGUAUGAUAAUUUUUCAUUUGUUUUCCUGAAUAAAAAUUCCAAUUUUUUUUGAAUUAA